AUUGUCAAUGCAUCUUUUCGGUAUUUUCUUAUUGGUCAUCUGCGCUGUUUUCAUAGCCCAAGCAUGCGGUCCACAAAUGAAAGGGAUAAUGAGACCCGUUGGGCCGCCGGGAGCAGAUGGACGCGAUGGAAUUCGAGGAAACCCAGGACCUAAGGGACUAACCGGUCCGAAAGGAAUGAGUGGAAUGCAAGGACCACAAGGGCGACAGGGCAGUCAAGGCGAUAAGGGAGAGAUUGGACCACAAGGACUGAAAGGUCCAAGAGGAUUACAAGGAGAAGAAGGAGACGUAGGAGUGAUGAAUGGAAGAUGA